AUGAUGUUGCCCCUUUGUAAAAAAAAACCCGAUCAUCGCUCUGGUCUGUCAACUGCUCCAUUCAACUGCUCAUUCAACUGCUCAUUCAACUGCUCAUUCAACUGCUCAUUCAACUGCUCCGUUCAACUGCUCCAUUCGUCUGCUCAUUCAACUACUCCGUCCACCAGCUCAACUGCACUGUUCAAGUGGUCAUUUGCUCGGCCACCUACAUCAUGGUUGAUCGAAGUCUGUUGCAAGUUCACUGAACUUGCAAGGGGGAGUAUGUUCGAUCCGUUUGAUAACCAGCUGCCGCCGUCGGUGGUCGCGCUGUUUACCGUCAACCGCUAUGUUGGCUAG